AUGUGUUUGCUGACGAUGUUGAGUGUGAAUGAAUGCAAUGCUGCGGGUGGCUUAGCCGGUCUGAAAGAGCUUACCAAUGAUAUGCCGUAUAUGGGUUUUGGCAAUCGAUGGGACACAUACCCACAGGCAGCCGAUGGAGGAGCCGGCUUCAUGAACAGCCCAUACUAUAGCGGUUAUAGCGGUAUAUACGGCUUAUACAAUCCUUAUGGUGGAUACGGUGGGUACGGUGGAUAUGGCGGAUAUGGCGGUCGGUACGGCUGGGGUUCGGGCAUGUACGGUGGCAGAGGAAUGUACGGAAGGGGAAUGUUCGCUAGAAGCUCGGGCUUGAUGCAGACCGAAGACAUUGCUUCACCGCGAGCCUCUUCAGCCGUUUCGUCAUCGUCCAAUGGCGGUGGUUUCUACAGGGGUCAUGGAAAUCCAUUCGUCAAUCACUGA